AUGUCGAAACAAUGGUUGUCAAAUUUCAUUUUAGCCGGUACUAUUAGAUUUCUGUUGAUGAACUCAGGAUAUCAAAAAAUUAUUAGUGAUCGUGUGGAAGUAUCAACAGCGUUGAAUUCUUGGAAGAGAGUUACUGAAGGUGUACAUUUAUAUAACUUUGGUGUAGAUCCGUAUGUAGGAGAUUUAUUUCAUGAAACUCCUAUUGGUUUAUACAUUUUUGAUCUCAUACUACAGUAUCUACCUCAAUGGACUUUAUUCUUCUUGUUUAUUUUCACUGAUUUGCUGACCGCUUUACUUCUUGCAUUUACAGCAAAACAAUAUGCAACCGAAUUGGCCUGCAAAAAGGAAGAAGAAAAGUUAUCCGAUGAAAGUACAGAUAGUCAAAAUGAUUCUUCGACAGUUUCUACUUCUAUGAUAAUUAAUCCAUACAUAAUACUAAGUUGUGUUGGACAAACAACAACAGUAUUUACAAAUUUAUUGUAUUCCAUAGCAUUAGUCUCAAUGACAAAGUAUUCUAUAUUUUGGAGCUGUUUGUCAAUUUCAUUGCUGACAUUACAAGGACUAUAUCCUAUUUCACUUAUGGUGCCAGCAACUAUUUACAUAGCUCGUUCUAAAAAUAUAAACCAAAGAAGGAGUACCAUAUUUUUUAUCAUUGUUGUAUUUGCUAGUAUGUUAACAACCUUAUGCUUCGUUUCUCAUUACAUUAUGGGAAGCUGGUCAUUCAUUUGGAGCACGACUGGUUUCAUCUUAACAGUUCCCGAUUUACAUCCCAAUAUAGGGCUGUAUUGGUACUUCUUUACAGAAAUGUUCGAGCAUUUCAGAUGGCUCUUCAUUGCUUCAUUCCAAAUAAAUGUCACCUUAUUGUACAUAGUACCAUUAGCUUUGUUACUACGACAUGAUACAAUGCUUUUAGCAUUUUCUUAUUUAGCAAUUGCUGCCAUAUUCAAGUCCUAUCCCUGCAUAGGGGACGUUGGAUUUUAUAUAUCUUUAUUGCCACUUUGGAAGCAUUUAUUUCAAUAUACUCAGCAAGGAUUCAUUGUAGGCUGUUUAAUGUUAUUCUGCACAGUUUUUGCACCUACUGUUUGGUACCAGUGGAUAUACUCCAGAUCCGCGAAUGCAAACUUCUACUUCGGAGUAACGCUGGCAUUCGACAUAGCACAAAUCUGUUUGUUAACAGAUAUUGUGUUCUCGAGCGUGAAACAUGAAUUCGCGAUACGUCAUGGUAUUAAUAAGGAUGUUAGCGAAAGUAUGGCGAAACUACUUUUAGAAUAAAGUUGCAUUCU